AUGGAGAUCCUGGACGAGUUCGACAACGAGUUCCCCCAGAGCGUGAUCUUCUGCCAGCGCAUAUCCGAGGAGGCCUUCGAGAGGCAGGCCUCGACCUACACGGAGCGCGCGCUGCGCCGCCUCUUCCGCAGCCUCGACCGCAACCCGGCGCUGGCCGAGCGGGUGGUGCGAAAGGGCAAGCAGGCCGAGUGCGAGCAGCGCGGGUUCCUCUCCUUCCUCUGGGCGAAGUUCUUCUGUGCAGUCCAGGGGGAGCUGAACUUUUGCAACAGCAUGGGCUCCAUGGAGAUGUACCGACGCCUGGAGCACCUGAAGAGGAGCAUCCAACGUGUGCACCUCUAUUCCCAGAAUGCCAAGAAGAAGAGAAGGAAGCCAAAAGUGAAGAAACUAGAGCCCAUCCUCUUGCGCAACCGGUCAACCUCCCCCUGCCUGCCACCAACACUGCCGCCACCUCCACCACUGCCGCCACCUGUCAUCACUGCGUCCUCUGUGGUGGUCCGGUCAUCACCCUCUGUCUACACGAUGCCCAGGGUCUUUGGCCCAUUUCCUCAGCUGCCUAACAAGUCGAAGGAGAAAUUGGAAGCUCCAAGUUCUGAAGUGAAAUUAAACUGGCUGUCAUCGAACCCAAAGAGACGCGUGGUUGACCUGACCCCCUUAGUCCUCAGUCCUGGAGGCUUCCAUCUCUCGUACGUGCCCAGAAACAGGAACAAGCUCCACUACCCUGGCUUCCACUGGACUUCAGCCUGUAAUGACUCCCCCAACACCAAGGAGACACCAUCCCCUGCUGUGGAGACCCCCACCUGUCCUGGAGUUUUCACUCCACCUGUCCUGUUCAAGUUCCAGCCUGUGCCCAGAUCUAAAGCUGACUCAGAGACUGACCAUGACAGUGCCAAGUCUGUGCCCCACGCGCGGGGCCCAUAA